AUGGCGUCAACAGAAUCCAACCUUCUAUUCGAGUGUACGGGCAACAAGCAACUCCUGGUGGCUUUCUCACUUGCAGGUCCUACAGUGGAGUUCAGUCAAGCUCCUGAAGAGGAGCUCCUUAAGAGCAGUAUGGAGCUAGACCCGGUGGUGCUCCUCUGCCACGUCUCCAGAGACGAUGCUGAAGUUGUGUGGUUUAAGGAUGGUCGUGAAAUUGAAGCCAGUGACAACAUCACUCUGCAGGCAGAGGGAACACUGAGGAGGCUGAUCAUCCGCUCAGCCGAAACCUCAGAUGCAGGCAGCUACACCUGCCAAGCAGGAAAGAACAACAUGGACUUCACUGUCCAUGUUAAAGAGCCCCCAGUGAUGAUCGUAAAUCCUAAAGACGAUGUCGUGAUGGAGCGUUACAUUUCUGAGGACAUUGAACUGCAGUGCGAGUUGUCUCGUUCUGGCGGAAAGGUGCAGUGGUUCAAAAAUGGCGAGGAGGUGGAGGAGGGCAGUAAUAUCCAUUUGUUAAAAGAAGGUCCCUAUAGGAUGUUGACCAUUCUCAACAGCACAGUGGAGGAUGGGGGGGAGUACAUCUGCGAGACAAAUGGGGACUCGGUAUUUUUCCAACUAACUGUCACAGAACCCCCUGUACAGAUCAUUUCCCCCACUGAGUCGGUGCUUGAACUUACUCAAUCGGCUUCCACAAAGCUACAGCUCAGAUGUGAGAUCUCAAGUCCAGAAGCUCAUGUCACAUGGUACAAAGAUGGCCUGGAAGUAGAGGAGGGUCAAAACCUCAUUCUAGAGGUAGAUGGUGCAAAACGUCAGCUGGUUAUCCCUUUGGCCUCUGUAAAGGACGCAGGAGAGUAUUUGUGUGACACUGAAGAUGACUCCGUUACCUUCAUGGUGACUAUUAAAGAGCAACCAGUGGCACUUUCAUGUCUUGAAAACACACUUAAGGAACUGGAGAGUUUUGCAGGGAAGCCAAUCGUGUUGGAGGUCCAGGUGUCACGCCCAAAUGCAGGUGUGAAGUGGCUCCUAAAUGGGCAAACAAUAAAAGAGAGCAGCUCUGCAACCAUGACAGAGGAUGGUUUAAUCCGUCGUUUAACAAUCCACUCUCCUUCUGUGGAGGAUUCUGGCACAUACAGCUGUGAUGCUGUAAACGACAGACUUGACUUUCAGGUCCAAAUUUCAGAGCCCCCAGUGAAAAUUUUAAGGAAAUCUGACAUCGACACAAACCUCAAAGUACUGAGUUCUGAUGACAUCGUGUUAGAAUGUGAGCUCUCCAGUACCGAUGCCAAAACCAAAUGGUACAAGGAUGGCAGUCGUAUUGAGGGUGAUGGAAGAUUCUGUGAGGAAGAGGAAGGCGCUUUCCGCUCACUCGUCAUCCUCAAUGCUGAGCUUGGAGACUCAGGAGAAUACUUUAUGGAUGCUGGAGAUGACAACAUUAGCUUUCUGGUUACAGUGCAAGAACCUCCAGUAGCCAUUUUGGGCAGCUCAAAAGAUGCAGACUACCAGGAAAUGACAGCAGGUGAUGACUUGAUCCUGGCUUGUGAGGUGUCCCGUGCAAAUGCUUGUGUUCAGUGGUACUGCAAUGACAGACUGCUGGUCAAUGACUCUCGUACCUAUAUCGAAUGCAAUGGUACUUUAAGGAAAAUCAUCAUCUCUAACGUUCAAUCUUCGGAUUCUGGAAAGUACCUCUGUGAUGCCGUGGAUGAUAAGAUGAUCAGUAUUGUAAGGAUUCAAGUGCCCCGAGUGGUGGAGUUCCUUACUGAGCUCCACAACACAACUGUUCUUGAAGGAGAAGAUGCUACCUUCAAGUGUGUGGUUUCGCCUGAGGAUGUACAGCUGGUCUGGUUCAUGGAUAACGAGGUGAUCAGCCACGGUGACCGUUUUCAGGUGACAAAAAAUGGUUUGUGCCACACCUUACUGAUCAGGAUGUGCCGGAUGCUGGACUGUUCUAAAAUCACAGCUGAAGCUGAAGGAACAACAAGCCAAGCAAACCUCAGAGUCCAAGAGGCUCAGGUUAUGUUUACAAAGAAAAUGGACGCUGUCAUGGCAGAAGAGUUUGAUGAUGCCACCCUGGAGACAGUGAUCAGUCUUGAGAUAGGUGAGGUGCAAUGGAUGAGGCAAGGGGUGGUCAUCCAGCCUGGGCCCCGUUAUACACUCACCCAGGAUGGCUGUAAACGUAGUCUGACCAUUCACAAUUUAAAUCUGUCGGACCGCGGAACCUACCGCUGCGAGACUCUGCACGACAGGACCCUGGUCAAGCUAAAUGUAGAGCCCCGCAAAAUCUCCACCCGUAAAGGCCUGACUGAUCAGGAAACCUUUGAACACGAGACAGCGUCUUUCGAGGUGGAGUUGUCCCACAGUGACGUUGAGGGCAUAUGGCAAAAGGGUGGUAUUAGAGUGAAAUCAAACAACCAGUUAAGAGUGAGCUCCAAUGGGCAAGUUCAUAGCCUCACCCUUUCUAACCUCACUCUGGAGGACACUGGUACCAUUGUCUUCUCUGCCGAAGGGGUGCGGACGACUGCCAGGCUAACAGUCAAAGAGACUCCAGUGACCAUUUUGAGAGCUCUGAUUGAUGUCCGUGUCGAGGAAGAAUGUCCUGCCCUUCUGGAAUGUGAAUUCUCUCGACAUAAUAUUGACGUCAGAUGGUUCAAGAGUGGGACCGAACUAAAGCCAGGUACGAACUGCCGGAUCUACUCCAUGGGGAGGAAGAAGUUCUGUCAUAUUCUACAGUGCUCUGUGGCGGAUGCUGGUGUCUACACAUGUGAUGCAGGGGAAAUCAAUACUAUCUGUUCUGUGGAGGUUUAUGAGCAUGAGCUGACCAUUGUGCGGGAUCUGGAGGAUCUUUACAUUCAGGAGGACCAGAACGCAGUCUUUAUGUGUGAGGUUUCCCGAGAGGAUGUGAGCGGAGAGUGGUAUAAGGACGGCCACAAGAUUCGGCCCACCUGCACCAUCAAGACCCGCACAGAAGGCACCAAACACUUCCUGCUGAUGUGCAGCGUAAAAGCUGAAGAUGCUGGAGAAAUACGCUUUGUGAGCAGAGCUGUUGAAUCUACAGCUUACCUGGAAGUAGAAGAACUUCCGGUGUCCAUCGUCAAACCAUUACGGGACAGAACCGCCUUGGAGAACCACCGAGUCAUCCUGGAAUGCACCGUUUCUUCCCCUCGAUAUAGCGCCACUUGGUACCGGGGCAAGGAAAGGCUCGAGCCCUCAGAUCGGGUAGAAAUCCUGGCAGACGGUUGCUGCCAUAAAUUGGUCAUCCAGCAGGUGGUGCUAAAGGACGAGGGCACAUAUAGCAUUGAAGUUGGCGAGCACACAUCUAGAGCCAAACUCUUGGUGGAAGCUCAGGAGCUGGUGAUGGUGCGAGAGCUGGAGGACGUAGACGUAACGCGAGGCCAACCGGCAUCUUUCCAGUGUGAGGUUUCUGUGGCUGUAAGCAAACCCCCGUUUUGGACGCUGAACGGCGAGGGCCUUCAGCCUGGGCCCUCAGUCCGCCUGGAGAGCCAGGGCACUGUCCACCAGCUGACCCUGAACACCACCAGUCCGGACAUGAGUGGCGUUGUUAAGUUCAAUGUUGGCAAGGCAAGGAGCAGCGCAGUGCUCAGCGUGACGGAAGCUUAAAUGCUCCUAUUUUUUUUUUUACAGUAAUAUUUAUUUCCCUAAACAAAUUGACUAUUACAAUCUAAAUUAAAGCUGCAAGCAGCGAUGGACGGGACCGACUUUUGAGGGCUCAUAAAAUCCAAACCGUAGCAGUAAUUAAAACUCUUUCAUCAACUUUUAAUCAGAAGGGUUCAAUCUCUCUCCUGUGCUGAUUUGAAGCCGACACGACAAACGCGCUCAGAGGAGAUAAUGUUUGAAAAAAGGUGACUGUUUUUACUCAUUUGUUUUGAAGGGGGAAUUGCAAACUUCCUGUAGAUUUUUGCUGGGGGUUGUCAGUGAAUUAAAUAUAGGUAUAAGUGAAACCUACAUAGAGGUUUUUGUUUCAUGUCUCUACGACAUUCCUACUGGGAGUUAGAGGCAGUUUUGUCUGUGUUUUCUUCCUAGGGGGCGCUAGAGCGCAAUUUGGAGUUUGGUUUUUUGAUUAAAUCACAAUUUUCAAGCAUGUUAAGGGGGUCAAAUUACAGCUCAAAGAGGCGGCGGUAUAAUAAUAAAACGCUAGAAAUACAAUAGUCAUCUGUCCCAAAGGGACUCGGUCCCUAAUAAAACAAACUCCAAAAUGCUAAUAUGUUUAUUUCCUGUCAUCUUAUUUAGAAUCAACAUUGCAUACAACAUUGGUUUUAUUUAGCGUGUACGGUGUUACAGUUCAUGUUUAACUUGAAAUGACAUGAAUCGUGAGUACAAUAACAUACAAUAUAUUGCCAAAAAGUAUUCGGCCACCUGCCUGGACCCACAUAUGAACUUGAAGUGCCAUUCCAUUCCUAACCCAUAGGGUUCAAUAUGACGUCGGUGCACCAUUCGCAGCUAUUACGGCUUCCAACUCUUCUGGGAAGGCUGUCCACAAGGCUGCGGAGUGUGUUUAUAGGAAUUUUCCACCAUUCUUCCCAAAGUGCAUUGGAUGUUUGGUCGAGAAGGCCUGGCUCUCAGUCUCUGUUCUAAUUCAUCCCAAAGGGUGUUUUGUCGCAGUGGUCCCCAACCACCGGGGCCGCACAAAAAAAUAAAAUAAAAUAAAACAAAUUAUUAAAUCAACAUAAAAAACACAAUAUAUACAUUGUAUAUAAAUAUGGAUCAAUACACUCUGCAGGGAUACAGUCCGUAAGCACACAUGAUUGUAUUUCUUUAUGGAAAAAAAAUUAAAAAAAAAUUUUUUCAAGCGUCCGCAGCUACAAAAAGGUUGGGGGCCACUGUUCUAUCGGGUUCCGGUCAGGACUCUGUGCAGGCCAGUCAAGUUCAUCCACACCAGACUCUGUCAUCCAUGUCUUUAUGGACCUUGCUUUGUGCACAGUCAUGUUGGAAGAGGAUGUUCCCACAAGGUUGGGAGCGUGGAAUUGUCCAAAAAUGUUUUGGUAUUGUUGCGUUGACCAGCAUUCCUCCAAUGGGGAAUUCAAAUUGCUAGUCUCUCCCAGAUUCUUUUUAUGGCAAUAUGCUGUUGUUUAUAUGCAAUCACCAGGCAGAAGUUGGUAUUUUGUAGUUUAUUCUCAAAGCUUAGAGGACAAACCUGAGACCAACCCAGCACCCAAGCGUUUCCUAGCCCGGUCCAGAUCGGUCUACCAAAACCCCGGAACUCCUGUCUACUUCCUCCUUCUCCUGCCCCCCCCCCCCCACACACCUGCUGUUUAGACUACUCUGAGUUAUCUCUACUCUGACACAUUCCAAUCUAGAAGGCCAACACCUUACUAUGAGACUCAAAAGAAGGAAGAAUACUAGCUAUUCUUUAUAGGACUAUAGGAGUUUAGAAAGAAGUAACACUUAAAUAUGGUUAUGCUUCCAACAGUAUCCUGGAGCAUUCAAACUAAGGGGCCAAGCCCAACUCCUGAGAAACAACCCCACACCAUAAUUCCUCCUCCACCAAAUUUCACACUCUGCACAAUGCAGUCCGAAAUGUACCGUUCUCCUUGGUUCUGAUCAUUUGGAUGGGUGGCCAAAUACUUCUGGCAAUAUAGUGUAGAUGUUUCAAAUAGACUGGGGGAUAUUAUCUCCUGCUCAUUUCCUAAGUUCACUCCCCUACAAAGACAUGAACAUGUUGUACGGAAGGUUUAACUGACACAAAAUAUUACAAAAAAAUUCUGAAAAAUGAAUAAAAAGGUUGUAAAAUAAUUUGUAUUUGAGUUAAUUAGCUAUUUGGUCCGUACCAACCAGCAAUACUUCUGAACGGGGCUGCAGAUUAAUCGAUUAGAACAGCGAUUCUCAAACUGGUACGCAGGCUCCAUCUAGUGCAGGGGUGUCCAAAGUGCGGCCCGGGGGCCAUUUGCGGCCCGCAGGUAAUUUUUUAACGGCCCCA